AAUCGCCAGGGAUCGUCGUAUGCUCAUCAAGCUGCGAUUUUCAUCCUGAGAUCCCAUCGCGUUUUUGUAGAUUAUUGCACCUCGCAAGUUAACAAGUACUGUGUUCAUCAAUUAUCUAAUAAACGAAUAUGGUUUUGGCUGAAAGAAACACGGACAAUGUUCGAAAUGGGCGAAGAUCUCGAGGUCCCAGCCCCAAUGGGCAGACGGAGUCGUCCAGCGAGGAGGACGGAGUUCCAGCAGAGAAAAUACGCGUCGGACGUGACUACCAAGUUAUUGUUCCAGAAUUUAUUCCUCUCAAUGAACGACGUUUGGACCAAUGCCCGGAUAGAGCACUACUUGUUUGGUCUCCAACAACUGAUAUACCUGAUCAAAAAUUGGAUGAAUACAUUAUAUUAGCAAAAGAAAAAUAUGGGUACAAUGGAGAACAGGCUUUAGGAAUGCUUUUUUGGCAUAAACACAAUUUGGAGCGAGCUGUUUUGGACUUGGCAAAUUUCACACCAUUCCCUGACGAAUGGACCGUCGAAGAUAAAGUUUUGUUUGAACAAGCCUUUCAAUUUCAUGGAAAAAGUUUUCAUCGUAUUCGUCAAAUGCUUCCAGACAAAUCAAUCGCAAGCCUCGUGAAGUAUUACUACAGUUGGAAGAAAACGAGAACUAGAACGUCGUUGAUGGAUAGACAAGCGCGAAAAUUAAAUAGUGGAGGAAAAGAAGGCGAAAACGGCAGCGAAAAUGGAAGUGAACUGGGUUCCAAUACCGAUAGUGAGUCAGAGGAUAAAAAGUGGACGAUCCACCGCGGAAUACGUCGUGGAAAAAACCAAGCUGUGCAGGGGAGCCAAGGCGGUGAUGCCAAGGCCUCGUCCGACUCGGAAAACAUGCCUCAGGUUCAGGGGGCGUGUAGCAACUGCGGUGUCGCUUGUCAUAGCGUUCGUACAACGCCCAAGGGACAUGCGUGUCAUAGCUGCUAUCUGCACUGGAGGCGUACUGGAGUUGCCAGGCCCCUGAGCUCUGUGCCAGGUCGUUCGAACAAAAGAAAACCACCACGAGGAUUGGUCGUCAAUCAUGACGAUCUAGCAGCAUUAGCUGGCCAACCAAACCAGGCAAACAACAGUCUGCAAGCCAUUGACACCGAAAUUGUUAGCCUGAAACGCCAAAUACAAUCGAACAAACAGCAAGUAAGUGGUUUAAAACGGAAGACAACCGACGGCAUUGACGAUUUACGACCACCAGAAGUUUCCAGUCGUAUUAAUGCACGAUGGACAAAUGACGAAUUAUUACUAGCUGUUCAAGGAGUUAGGAAAUAUGGAAAAGAUUUUUCUGCUAUCGCCGACGUGAUUGGCACUAAGACAGAAGCCCACCUAAGAUCAUUCUUUGUUAAUUAUCGACGAAGAUAUAAUUUGGACGCAGUCCUAAAAGAAUAUGAGGCUGAAAACGGGCCCAUCUUAAUCGAUGAUGAAAAAGAUGAAAAGAUGGAGGUCGAUCAAGUACAGAAUAGUGAAAAUGCGGAGACGUCUCAAAAAGCAAAAGCGUCUGUCGCGCCAGGACAAACGACUAAAUAGCAGAUGAGCACUGACAAAAAUAACAAAUUAUUACAUUAAACUCAAACUUGAUGCAACAUAAUUAUGUCAUAUUUAAAAAAUUAGUUAAAAUCAUAAUCACUUGAUCACUUGAUAGCCACAGGACUGUCAUUGUUUUCUGACAGUUUAGUUACUACCAUUAUCAAGAUAUUUGUAUAUGUAUAAGAAGGCCAAUUGUAAUAUAAAAAUAAAAUGGUCACAUUCUUCAAUUUGUAAAGA